AACGCGUGAUUUGACUGUCACCCAACUCACUGUCAUGUCAUCACCAAAAUUAAAAAAAUAAAAUAACAAAUUAUUUUCUAAUUUCCUUUAACUAUUAAGAUAGUAAAUAAUGGUAAAAAAAGAAAUAAAACCCAAAAUUAAAUAAAGGAAAUAAUAAAAUAAUAUGUGUUUUUUACCAUUAUGUAUUAUCUUGUUAAUUAGAUAAAGGAAAUAAUUAAAUAAUUUGUAAUUUGAUUUUUUUUGUUUGGUGUCGACGUGACAGUGAGCUGGAUCAUUGACUAAUGGUCAACUAUGUUGACCGUCCAAAUAAACGGUCAAAUCACGCAUCCGGCCAAUUGAGUCUAUAUAGUAUAUAGUUUAGGUCAUGAUAUCAAUUUCUGAAACCACAAGCCAAAAUUAAAUAUAUGAGUAAAGCUCGGACCAAAAUAAGAUAUUAAGCCUAAUAAAUAAACCCAAAUCCUACACGGCCAAAUAAUGGCCUAGUCCACCCCUUUACUAGUCCCUAGUAGGCCAUGAAACCAGAACCUAUUAAAAUUCUAACAAUCAUAAUAAUAAACUCUUAACCUCUAUUAAGACCAUCACUAAUAACUAAGGCAAAAUGCCAAAAAUGUUAAAAUACCUCCUCCAACAAUAAUUGGGAAAAACUAAAAAGUCAAAAAUACCAAAAAAAUCAGCCAAUUACCCACUUGAAAAAGACAUGAAAUGCCAAACUCUCUCACUUGAGUCGGCCCCCAAAUUUUUUCGAGAAGCCGACGCGCGCAGGGGGGAUUGUACAGAACGCGCGGGGGAUAAUCCAUUGUUUGGUGUAGCAUGAUGAGAAGGUGCCGAGUAUCUUUCACUGUUUGUGCACGCCAAGUACUGAGCACCAUAAAUGUUGGUGAUAGCCAAUCAGAAAUUCCUCAAACACUCCAAUCCGAUGCUCUCAUCUAUUCGACAAGUCUCAUUUAACGAGUCUGCAGAGCAUCCAUAUGCAUGCAUGCGAAAAGCACUAGUAAGCACAAAAUGAUUCCUACUCCAAUAAUGGUUGUCUCGUAGAUGAUGGCACAACUCUACAUGAUUAAAGCCGAAUGAGGAGCUGAUGACUCUACUCAUUUUGAUUAAAGUUGAAUGAACAGUUGAUGAGACAACUCAUUCUGAUUAAGGUUGAAUGAAAAGUUGAUGACACAACUCAUUCUAAUUAAAGUUGAAUGAACAGUUGAUGACACAACUUAUUCUGAUUAAAUCUGAAUGAACAGUUGAUGACACAACUCAUUCUGACUAAAGUAAAACUAAAAUCACAAUUGAUGACACCACUGAAUCUGACAAACAUGUGAGGAGUCUAUGGUCAAUUUGAACAAAUUAUUCUGAUUUCAUCAUUCAUACAUCAUAUUUAAUGAUAAAGUUUUUUAUAUCAAAAUUAAAAAAAAAUAUCAAAAUAUUCAUCUUAAUGAAUUAUUACUACUUGUAUACAAAUAAUCUACAAACUAUCUAAUUAAAAUGAUGAAAUAUAUUUUUGGAUGUGCUUGUUGGAUUUCCAACAAAUAUCACUUUUGAAGUGCCAAAAUGCUAAAACCAUUUGGUUUUCCAAUUCCUUGUUGGAGAUGGUAUACAACCGAAUACACAUAACUAAUAAAUAUAAGUAAUAAUACGUUAUCCAUCACACUUUUUUCGACAAAUAUAUAACCUCAUUACGAAAUAGGAGAGAAUUAGAUUACCUUUUGGGUGACGUCGGUCGUGGACUUAAUUUCUUCAAGAACACGUUAAAAGGCAGCGAUGUCUCAGGUUCGGGGAUUUCUUUUUCCUCCUUAAAAGCCAUGGCUGAAAAAACAGAACAGUGAAAGUCACCCUUUUUUGUUUUUCCCCUAAUUACAUUCCAAUCCAGUACAAAGAAAAUUAAUCUCUUGAACAAUCUAACCUAUUAAUGUAACUUUUUCUUUUUCUUUUCUUCCAGAGCUGAUAGUACACACAAGGAUUAUUAUGAGACGAAGAUGAGAUACUAUUAGCGAGUUAUGUGUUGGGUCUAUGUUUACGAUCUUUGUACAUAGUAAUUAGGCCCAAUUAGUGUUAUCAAUUACGUAAGCCCAUGAAAUCUGUGCAUGGACACCACGACGUAAGUAGCAAGGGUUCCUAGGGUUUUGUUUUUGGUUUCCUUCUUCUUGUAUAUGUAUUGCCGAGUGUGCCUGGGUGACAUACAACAAACACUCAAUAAGAUCAGUAGCUAGAAGAGCAUUCAGUGCUCUUUCGUGGAUUAGUCCUGGAUCACACCAGGGAUCCACGUAAAUCCGGUGUCAAUUUAUUUCCAUUGCUAUUUCCGACUGAUCAACAUGGUAUCAGAGCCUUCUGUGACCGAGAGGUGUUGUGUUCGAUUCUCGGUCGCCCCCAUUUGUUAAGCACAUGGUAUUCUUGUUUUCAGACCUGUGCAAACUUCAAGCCCUUGUGAGUGGCUUUCGUUUGAGGGGGCGUGUUAGUGUUGUGGUAUAUGAUCCACGAUUGAACCUCUCACAACAACUCGAGUUAUUGGGAGCAACUAGUUGUGAAGAAUGCCUUUCUUCACGGUGAUUUGGAGGAGGUUGUAUAUAUGGAGCGCCCUCCGAGUUAUUCUCUUGGGACGCCUGAUCAAGUUUGCCGGCUCAAUCGCUCCUUGUAUGGUCUCAAACAGGCCCCUCGUGCCUGGUUUGAAAAAUUUCAGUCGACGAUUACUGGUCUUGGUUUUCAACAGAGCUUGAAUGACCCGUCCCUCUUUACUCGGCAGACUGCGGCUGGUAUUGUUGUUCUCUUGCUUUAUGUUGAUGACAUGGUCAUCACUGGGUCUGAUCCUGCAGGCAUCAGUAGUCUCAAGGCUGGUCUUCAUGAAGCCUUCAACCUUAAAGAUCUUGGUCAGCUAUCUUAUUUCCUUGGUCUUGAGGUGUCUCGGAACCCCACUGGUCUUCUCUUGAGUCGACGUAAGUACAUUGCCGACUUAUUGUCUGAUCAUCAGUUCCAUGAUUGUAAGUCAGUGUCGACCCCUAUGGAGGCUAACCUUCGGCUGAGUCGUACAUCGGGUGAGCCUCUUCCAGAUGCUGCCGUUUAUCGAAGUUUGGUAGGCAGCCUUAUUUAUCUCGCUGCCACCCAUCCAGAUAUUUCUUAUGUCGUACAGGUUGUUAGUCAGUUUAUGGCGUCUCCUCGCACUGAUCAUCUUGCUGUUGUUCAUCGUAUUCUUCGCUAUCUUCAAGGUACUCGAGACGUUGGCAUGUUCUUUCCUUCCUCUGGUUCCCUCACCUUGCGCGCCUACUCCGACUCCGAUUUUGCUGGUUGUGUUGACACUCGCCGCUCUACUACAGGCUGGGCUGUUCAGUUUGGUUCGGCCUUCAUUUCCUGGCGUUGUAAAAAGCAGGAUAAGGUUUCUAAGUCCUCUACUGAAGCCGAAUACCGGGCUAUGUCUGAUCUUGCUUUUGAACUUGUCUGGCUACGUCGUCUUCUUCAUGACAUGGGUAUUCGUUGCUCCCUUCCUAUGGAUCUUUAUGUGGAUAACACUAGUGCCAUCCGCAUUGUCGUCAAUCCUGUUCUCCAUGAUCGUACCAAGCACAUCGAAAUUCAUGUGCAUUAUAUCUGUGAUCUGGUUGGCGAUGGCACUAUUUCCCUACACUAUGUUCGUACUGAAGAUCAGAUAGCUGAUGUGUUCACCAAGGCUUUCUGUACCAGCCGUCAUUGGUAUCUCUCGAGCAAAUUGAAGCUUUGUGGCCAGCAUCAAUUUGGGGGAGGCUAUUAGCGGGUUAUGUGUUGGGUCUGUGUUUACGUUCUUUGUACAUAGUAAUUAGUCCCAAUUAGUGUUAUCCAUUACGUAAGCCCAUAAAACCUGUGCAUGGGCACCACGACGUAAGCAGCAGGUGUUCCUAGGGUUUUGUUUUUUGGUUUCCUUCUUCUUGUAUAUGUACUGCCGAGUGUGGCUGGGUGGCAUACAACAAACAUUCAAUAAGAUCAGUAGCUAGAAGAGCGUUCAGUGCUCUUCCGUGGAUUAGUCAUGGAUCACACCAGAGAUACCACGUAAAUCCGGUGUCAAUUUAUUUCCAUUGCUAUUUCCGACUGAUCAACAGACACAAUCGUACACCGCCAUUAUUAUUUCUACCAGCCAUCACUACAAGAAAACUGGUCUAUAGCGACAAAAAAUAGAGACAAAUAUUGUAUCUGUCUUUCAAAGUGUCUUAUGUACGACAUUUGUAUUAUUUGUCUCUAUAGUGAUGAUUAUGUGAUGCUAAAGGUAUAUUAUAUAUGACAGAUACAAAAGGUGUCUCUGUAGAUACCAGCUUCUACGAUUAAAGAUAUUUUAUAUAUUAAAAAUAUAUAAUUCUGUCGUAGUUUAUAUUAGUAUUUGUCUCUAGCAAGCUUUUGAUCAAGUUUUAAUGUUGGUUUUCAUUGUCUUACUACUUUUUAUGGACGAAGGGAACCUCUAAUCACACAUUAAUAAUUUAUCAAUUGCUUAUUUAAUUUAACAAAGUUUACCUAAUAAAAAUUCCAUAAAAGGUAUCCAACUAAAUUAACACGUUAGCUAAUUGGGUUUGGGGGAAAAGGGAUCCCAAGAGUCACUUUUGCCUCUAAAUUUGAUCCAAACAAGACAAAAAAAAAAAAGAAAAAAAAAGAAACAUAUACAGAGUCCAUCCCUUUCCUCAUCGACUUUGUACCCAAAAGAAUAAAGGUUCCCGGGCAGCAUUCUUUUUCCUUUCCCUUCGAGAACAAGAUCCCCAAUUUUCUCCCCCAUACCCAACGCCUAACUCCUGCCAAAGUCUUGCUCCGAUUGUCAAUUCCAUCCUCGCACCUGUUGCCAGCUCCUUCAAUUUCACGAGCUGAUGCGGGGUUGAGCUAUCACCCAAGUUGUUGUUCUCCUUUCUUCUAUUCUACAAGUUGGGACAAGAGGAGAAGUAUAUAGUUGCGCUGAUCCGAUUCGCUCGCCUCAAUAGGUACGCAUUCUCAGUUUCUCGAGCUACUAAUUUAUGCUUGUGAUUGUAUGAUAGUCAAGGUUGAAGUGAUUGCUGAACUUUCUUUAAUUUUGGGGUCAACAAUGCAGGUACAUCCUCUUCUUUAACUAGUAAUUUGAAACAUUAUGGGUUACAUUUCUUUCAUUAACAUGAAUGUAUUCAUUUGAGCUGUAGGACCAUGUAGUGAUUGAAUCAGAAAGUAAUGGGGAUGAAAUGAGUCCCACAGGAUUUGGGAGAGAAGAGGAAAACUUAGGGAGGAGUCCACUGCUUUCCAUGUUGCAAGACACAACUCCACAAAGAACUAACAGUCAAUCAAAUGAGGUCAGUUUAAAUUAAGUUUUCUAAUGGACAAUCUUUACUCUAUAAUUGAUAACUGGUUAUGAAUAUUUUAUUGAUUACGUCACGUUUCACCAAAUCAUAUUCUCCAAACUUACCUGCCUCAUUACCAUGGCUUAUCAUCUGAAGUGAAGUCUUCUGAUAUACAAAACAAGACUUCCCAAAUGGUAAUUUGUUGUAGUCCUCUGUUACUUCAUUAGUUUUGUGGAUGUUUAUGGAAGUUCUCUCCUUUUAACCUCUGUGUUGGUUCCUCGCAACUAUUUUUUCUUUUGUAAUGAAAUUUUGGUUCUGUUUGCCUUAACUUUUCUAUUGGAGUUCCUUUCUUCAUUAUCAAAGCAUUUAUCUUCUCUAAUAUAUUAUGCAGCCACCAAACAAGACAUUCUCGUUUUUGGAUUCUAUUUUGGAUUCAUCUCACAAUGGUGGUUCCUCUACCCAAUCACAGGUGCAUUAUAGUUCACACACACACACACAUAUAUAUAUAUAUACAACACUUGUUAGCAUGGUUUUGUUUGGAGUUAAUUUAUUAACAUUUUGAUUAUCAGGGAUUAGAAUUUGUAAUAUUGAAGAGCUUGUUAAGUCCUGAAGUUAAUGUGGCGUAUGCUAAUAUCAUAACUAAAGAUCCAAAGGGUUGUGUGGCUGGCCAAGAAUUGGGUCGUGGAUUUUAUGAAGUAUUCAUUCACGUCCCUUUUAAAAGUGAUGAGCCUUUAGUACGCCCAUAUGGAAGUUUUCAAACAAUUGGGGAUGUGAUUGGAAGGAGUAUCGCUUGGCCAUCAUCCUUGGUCAUUAAGUUAAAUGCAAUUGGUUAUAUUUAGUUUGAUUUUUUUUCUUGAUAAAUAUAUGAUUCAUUUAAAAUUUUGUUUUUGUAACAGGUCACAUUGGCUGAUACCCAAGUAUUUUGAAGAUGCUCAAUCAUAUUGCAGAUAUCUGCUACUUCCUCAAGUUUGGAGAGUAGUUAUAAUAGGACCAUUUAGUUUUUAGUGCUCGUUUUCUUUAUUGGAAUUGGAUAUUAUUUUACUUUGUUGGAAGGAUUUUAGUUUUUUUUUUUAUAGAUUGGAGGAUUUUAGUGUUGGUACACGGUUUACAAAUGUUACGGAUUCACUGCUCUUUUAUGAUUUAUAUAAUUUUCAUUUAUAUUUUUCUUUCUAUUGUACUUUUAUUAAUUUGCGUAUGUGGAUUUCAUGGGUGAAAAGCCAAUUGAAUACCACAUUUCUUUCCAUCUACAUAUAUUAAUUUGUGACGAAUAAUACUGUAUUUAAAAAGGUCUUGAGUGACAUAUAUAAUUGUUGUACAAUAUCCAUAUCGCAAACAAAAAUAUUUGCUUUUGUAAACAGUAUUAGAGACACAAACAUGAGUCACCUAAGGGUUAUUUACAUACAUAUAUAUUGGUCUCAAAAACAUAAUUAGGAGGCAAAAUGAUAUGUCUCGGAAAAGAACAGUAGAGACAAAUAAUAAUGUCUUCAAAUUUAUAUUUGAAGACAAGUAUAACAGUCUCAAUAAAUAAUUUCAGAAACCAAUAUAUUUGUCUCUAAAUAUAAUUUUGGAGACGGAUAUUUGUGACUUUAAAAUUAGAAAUGGAUGCAAAUAAAAUAGUGACCAAAAUAUUUAUUAGAUGCUAAAAUAUUAGUUGCGGUAUCUCUAAUUAGUAACAACUAAUAUUUGUCUUCAUAUUUGUCUCUAUAUGGCUAUAGUGACAGGGCUACAGGAGACAAAUUUGUAAUUUGCAUCUAAAUUAAUAUAGAGACAAAUAACUAUCAUAUAGAGACACAUUUUUUUGUCUCUAUAGUCAAGUUUUCCUGUAGUGCAUUAAUUAAUCAAUUACUCAUAAAUAAUGUGAAUAGCUCAAUUAUGUGGUUGAUUAUCUAGCUUCUUUAGGACACUCUUUAUUUUGGUGUUGUUAAUUGUACUUUGACAUAAACGGAGUAGAAGCCACCGUAAAUUAAAUCACUACAACCCUACUAUCAGUUCACUGGCCGGAUCAAUGAAUGGUAGCGGCACUUCAUCAUUAUUGAUGUGGUGUCUAGCUAAACUAUAUAGGUCAUUGUAUCCAUAGUACGUUUUAGUUGUUUAAUGUUUACCAAUUAUUGCACUUUUAGCAGACCCUGGGAUCUAAGAUAAAGCAUAUAUAAACGC